AUGCCUUGUAAAAGGCAUCGAGAUGAUAGAUUUGCAGAAUAUGCAAGAGAUUUCGCAGCCCACGGAGAUAUGAAAAGGAAAAAAGAAGGAAAGGGAGAAGGGAAAGUCCGUACCUUGGGAUAUCACCUGACAACAAGUCACCUGCUCACGGGGAACAACAAGAAGCGAAAGUCGUCUAAACGCGACUUCACUUCGCAAAGAUCGGGAAAAAACGCGGAUUUCAAGCACGAGAAUGGGAAUAACCCUCGAAACGCAGCGAACCCGACGAGCCCAAUAUCAAAUCAAAGAAAGGGAUACUCUUGGAAGCCUCUCCUCCCUCCUUCUCGACCUCGAGUCAUGUGCUCUGAUCCCGUGCCCCUCCUCAGCAGUCCAUUUCGCCGCUCUGAUUGGCUGGUCGUCUUCGGGUGUCGGGGAGGGGUUCACCCGGAGUCACGUGUGAUUCAUACAAUAAAGUACGACACACGUCUCCGCUGUAUAAACACCCCGAAUAUUACUCUGGAAAGGCACAGAGUACCCUGUUUCCGUGACUCAUGGCAUGCGCGGACUACGGCGGCUAUUGGUAAUUGA